CCCUAAAAAAAAAAACCUAACAAAACAAAAAAAAAAUUCCCGUGCUCUGAAAGAUGAGUACGUUUCCUUCGUUUUCUUCCUGCGCUCGGACUCUCCAAGCAAACGAAUCGAAUUCGCACUACUUUCGCACCACUUUUCAACAUGUCCCAACAACUCGCGUGCACUUUGGAAGCACCUCGUAGCGUCGAGCGAGCGGGGCUUUGACGACGACUUUUCCCCAGCCGGGGAGGGACUCAGAAAGAGGAAAAAAAAGUGUUGUCAUCUCGGCGCCAUCAACAAACAUGGCUACUCGUCGAGCAGCACCAACUGAUCCGGGUCGCCUCUCUUGCUUCUUCGUCUUCUUUUUCUCGCUUAGAGCUUCGAAACUGUCCGGCGGAAGGAUUUGAUUAGCCAAAAGCGAACCGAGGCUGCUGUUGGAGGUGAUUGUGGUGCUGUUGGAGAGGAGAGCCAUGGAUCCGCGGCACAGGGAGUUUCUGGAAAAGUGUCACCACAACUUGGCCGAGUCCGUCACCGACGCCGACCAGCUCGUAGAGGUCCUGUCUCGGGGAGGCACGUUGAGCCCGGCCGAACGACACGAGCUGGCCCGUGGCGGCGGCGGCGGCGCGGAGAAAGUGGAGCUCCUCGUCAAGAUUCUGCUCCGCAAGGACCGGGACCACUUCGCCGACUUCUGCUCGGCCCUGGAGGAGACCAACCCUCACCUGCGCCCGGUGCUGCUCACCGGCACCGGUACAGGGCCUAUGAUCCACAGCACCGGGUCCACGUACAGCGUCUUGUCCACCAUGCCGUCAGAUUCUGAGAGCAGCGGCUCGCUCAGCAGCGUUGGUACGCCCACUCCAGCCUCCUCGCCACCGCUGGCCCACGUGGACGCUCAGCGGGUGCACGACAAGAUGGAGACGGUCCUGUUCCAGCUCCGCCACGUGACCCGCGAGCGCGACGAGCUCCGCAAGCGGCUGGCGCUCUCCUCGCCCGGGAGCACUUUUGACGACUGCAGGCCCAACUCGAAAGCGGGCCACGACUACGAGCGUCUGAAGCUGCAGUGCAUGAAGGCCAUGGCUGACCUGCAGUCUCUGCAGAACCAGCACAACGGCACCCUCAAGAGGUGCGAGGAGGCCGUCAAGAAGGCAGACUACUACCACACGCUGCACAGCCGUCUGGCGGGCGAGCACAGCCAGCUGAAGGACGAGCUGGAGGCGGUGAGGCUGGACAACGUGCAGCUGCUGCGCGAGCACGAUCACGCUAAGCAGAACUGCGAGGAGCUGCGCCGGCUGCGCGACGACCACCAGCGGGAGGUGGCCGACAUGCGCCUGCUGCACCAACAGGUGAUUCGGGAGGGCUCCUCGGACGCCCUGAACAAGCUAUACGACUCUGCCGUGGACAAACUGGAGAGCGUGAGGAACGACUACGAGGGUCUGCGCAAGCUCUACAACGACAAGACGGCCAACCACAACGCCGACCUGAGUCGCCUCGACCACGCCGAGGAGGAGAACCGGCGCCUCCAGAAGCAGCUGGACGUGCUGAUGAAGCAGAGGGACGCCGCCAUCCACUACCAGCAGCAGUACUCAUCAUCCAUACGGAGGUUGGACCAGCAAGAGCUGUCCAAGGUGGCCGCCCAGAACGUGGAGCUUCAGCACGAGAUGGAGCGGCUGCAAUCGGAGGUCACGCGCUUCAAAACCCAGCAGCUCAAAGCGAACAAGGAGUGCGAGAACUUCAAAGACGAGCGCGACUCGGUCAUCAGCGAGUACCGCCUGAUCAUGAGCGAGCGCGACCAGGUCAUCAAGGAGGUGGAGAGGCUCCAGACCGGGCUGGAGGUGGCCGAGGCCAAGCUGAAAAACACCUCAUCGGAGCAGCGGGUGGCCAAUGAGGAGCUGGAGGCCCUCCGACAGGAACUGUCGUCAUCGCUGAUGGACAGGGACCGGGCGCUCUGCGAGAAGAACGAGCUUCUGGAAAAGUACUGCCAUGAGGUGAAGGACAAGGCAGAGGCGCAGAAGGAGCUGAGCCAAGCCUGCCGGGACAUGGAGACGGUGCGCGAGGAGCGAGACGUGGCCCGCAAGGAGAGGACGGAGGCCAUCAUCCAGCGGGACCAGCUGCUGCAAGAGUAUUACCAGGCCAGACAGAAACAAGACUCAGCCACCCUGGACAUGGAGCGAGCCAGCAAGGAGAUCGAGAUGCUGAGGAAGCAAUACGAGGCCGUCAGUCAGGAAUUGAGCGAGGCCCUGCAGGAGGCCGAGGUGGCCAAGUGUCGCAGAGACUGGGCCUUCCAAGAGAGAGACAAGAUCGUGGGAGAGAGGGAAAGCGUUCGCACGCUGUGCGACAACCUGAGACGAGAGAGGGACCGAGCCGUGAGCGACCUGGCGGAUGCGCUCAGGAACCUAGACGACACUAGGAAGCAGAAAAACGACGCCGUGCGAGAGCUUAAAGAACUCAAGGAAAAAAUGGAGGACCAAUUGGAAAAGGAGGCUCGGUACCGCCAGUUGAUGGCUCACAGUUCACAUGAUUCCGCCAUCGACAUGGACUCGGUUGAAUGGGAGACGGAAGUUGUCGAGUUUGAGAAGCGCAGGGACAUGGAUUUGAAAGCACUUGGCUUUGACAUUGCCGAGGGGGUAAAUGAUCCUUAUUUACCAGGAGAUUGUGGCGUGUUUGUCAGUAAGGUGGACAAAGGAAGUCUAGCAGAAGGCCGAUUAAGGGUGAACGACUGGCUGCUAAAGAUCAACAACGUUGACCUGACCAGCAAGGACAGGAAGCAGGCCAUCAAAGCUGUGCUGAGCGGCGAGGGCGUACUCAACAUGGUGGUCCGACGGAGGAAGUCGCUCGGGGGACGAGUCGCCACUCCAGUCCAGAUUAACCUCUCCGGACACAAAGACUGCGGGAUCUGCCUGGAGAGCGGUGUCUUUGUUGCUUCGCUGGCGCCUGGCAGUCCGGCAGUCCGAGACAAUAAUCUCACAGUCGGGGACAGGCUCUUAGCUAUUAACGGCAUCCCGCUCGACAACAAGUCACUGCCUGAGUGUGACGCUCUGCUGAGGGCAUGUCGCGAGUCGCUCUGCAUCUCCCUUGCCAAGUUCCUGCCACAGAGCUGCUCCGGCCAGAGUUUAUACGAAAGCCUGAGGGAAUCUGAGAAAGUCUGCAAAAGCUGCCGCAACACCAAGCGCAAGUGCUGCACGCAGGCUGACGGCUGCGCCUGCGAGAUGAGGUGCCGGGUGGGCGAUGACGAGGAAGGGCACGAUGAUCCCGGCCUUCAUUGUCACCAUGUGCCCGGCGACUCCCUACACUCACGGAGCCCCUCGGAGCCCCUGGCCGAGUUCGGUUACAGGAGGCAGGACUUGCACCGCCGGCCCUUCACUUUCACGCCCGUGCUCCCCGACGGCGGCGCUCCAUCGGGCAAGGCCGGCGGCGGCACGUGGCCCAAAGUCAUUGCCGGAGCGUCCGUCCCCGAGUGUGCGCAGCUUUCCAUCUACAAGAGAUCCAAACAACGCAAAUCCAUCUUUGACAUGAACACAUUCAGGAGACCGGAAGCGCCUCCAAAACUGGACUACAUGUCGCUUUCUCAGCUGCCCAAACACUCGCCGCAGAGCUCGGUGGCCGAAUCCUUUCAAGGUCCGCCCACCCCGCCGGCCAGAAGCGACUCGUUCAGGUUCAAGCACUCCCAGCAGAAUAGCUCGGCGUCCGACUCCACCAUCCCGGGCUCUCCUAGUCGAGGGAGUAGUCCCGUCACCGAAAGCGAGGCCGGGAAGCAGGCUUACUACUCAGCUGAAGCUUCGCAACUAGAAUCCAUGACGUUGGGGGAUGACGACGGGAGUCAACACCGGGAGCCGGAUAAGAGAAGGUGCCGGCCCAAAUCGGCACCGGCGCUGCGGCGGAACGUGACGCCGUUGCAUAUCCCGCCUCCAAUGCAGGUUCACCCUUUCUCCAAUGACGAGCACUCCCCUGAGCCGAUGGAUUUGUUGCGCUUCUCCCCGAUGCGAAAUAAUCGCUACAGCAUGCACUUUGCACCCCACAGCUACAGCGGCGCCGUGGCACACCCGACGCAGCGAGGCUUAGCUCCGUGUCCGGCGAAGACGUCUGUGUUGAGGAACACCGUCUACCCCACCUGGAGCCAAGAGAUGCAGACCGGCAACUGCCCACCCGGGCCCACCCCCAGCGUCCAAACGCAUUCACUUGCAAGCACCCAGCAUCACGGUCGCCACAGUGUGGACCUCAACCACAAGCUCGCUGGAGACAUGAGCGAGAGCAGCCCACCAUCUCACGGCACCCACUCCCUCCCCUCCAGCUCCAGACUGGUCUCCCUGAGUGCGCUGCAGUUCAGGGCUGAGCGCAUUAGGAUGCCACCAACUCGUUAUCCGUGCUCCACCGGAUCUGAUAGAGAAUCUCGCUCCCAUUCAGAGUGCAAUUCGCCGACAACGCCUCCCAAGUCCCCAGUUGGCCUGGACACGUCAUCCUUCGCCAGCAGCCAAUUGGCGAGCUCCAUCUCAACGCAGCUCAGGAUAUCCGUCAGCCGCGCGCCAGUCGUUGACGGCCGGAAGGAUGGGCCGUAUUUGGAGGAGCCGCGCAACGUGACGGUGCAGAGAGGAGCCGAGCCGCUGGGUAUCUCCAUCGUGAGCGGCGAGACCGGUGGCGUGUUUGUGUCCAAAGUGACUGCGGGAAGCAUCGCUCACCAAGCUCAUUUGGAGUACGGUGAUCAGCUUUUGGAGUUUAAUGGGAUCAACCUGCGCAAUGCCAACGAGCAGCAGGCACGGUUGGUGAUCGGGCAGCAGUGCGACACGGUCACCAUUUUGGCUCAGUACAACCCUCACAUGUUUCAACUGGGCAAUCACUCUCGAUCCAGCUCUCGCAUGGAGUCCAUCGGCACCCAGCCCACCUCGCGGGGCAGUGGCACCAGCACCCCGGACAACCGCUCCGUGGGCGACACCCUCAGCGAGCAGGACGAGGGCACCGUGACGCCCCCCUCCAAGCAGACCACCCCCGUCACCAGCCCUCACAGCUCCUUUCGGCUUCCCAUUGCCGGCGUGCGUCGCACGGCGGAGCCGCGUCUGGUGAGGCUGAAGAGGAUCCAGGCAGAGCUGGGAGUCCAGAUCUGCGGAGGCAAUCUGUGUGGCAUCUUGGUGGAGAGUCUGGAUGAAGACAGUCCUGCUAAAACUCCUGAUGGCCUCCUGCCUGGAGACCUGUUACUGGAGUACAAUGGCGUCAGCAUGAAGAACAAAACCAAAGAGGAGGCUUACCUGGAGUUGUUAAAGCCUGCUGAAACUGUCACGUUCAAGGUACAAAACUGCGUGGACGAGCUCGCUGCCAUCAGUCAGAUACCUGGAGACGGAUUUUUCAUCAGAUCGCUUUACGAGAGGGUGGCCGACGUGGAGCAGGAGCUGAGCUUCAAGAAGGACGACAUCCUUUACGUGGAGGAUACCCUGCCCAACGGCAACUUUGGCUACUGGACUGCGUGGCACCUUGACGAGAAAGCACAGAAGAUGGAGAAAGGGCAGAUUCCCAGCAAAUACAUGAUCGACCAGGAGCUCUACAGAAGACACGGCGUAGCCGACAUGAAAGACGAUGGCAGCGGCGGCAGCAAAACCUUGUCUGCCGCCGCCCGGAGGUCUUUCUUUCGCCGGCGGCUGAAGCACAAGCGCAACGGAUCCAAGGACGGGAAGGACCUGAUGGCAUCUGAAGCCAUGAUGUCUGAUUACUUGCCCAUCACAGAAGAUGGCGUGAGCCUGAUGUACCAACGAGUGCAGAAAGUGGAGUGCUUAGCCCCCAGACCAGUGCUGAUCUUGGGGCCGCUCGCAGAGGCCAGCAAGGACAUGCUGGUGAACGAAGCACCUGCCAAGUUCAGUCGCUGUCUGCCGGAGAUCAUGAAGGCGUCCCAGCAGGCCAUUGAGCGAGGCGUGAAGGACUGCGUGUUCAUCGACUACAAGCGACGCAGCGGCCAUUUUGACGUCACCACUGUGGCAUCCAUAAAAGAGAUGACGGAGAAGGACUGUCACUGUUUGCUCGACAUUGCCCCACACGCCAUCGAACGCCUCCACAGCGUUCACGUCUACCCAAUCGUCAUUUUCAUUCGCUACAAAAAUGCCAAGCAGAUCAAAGAGCAGCGGGAUCCAUUGUACAUCCGGGAUAAACUCUCGCAGAAGCUGUCCAAGGAGCAGUUUGAGGCGGCUCAGAAGACGGAGCAGGAGUACAGCCCUUUCUUCACAGGUGUUGUCCAAGGUGGCAGCGUCUCCUACAUUUGCACUCAGAUCGUCACCAUUGUGGAGCAGGAGCAGAAUAAAGUUCUGUGGAUCCCCGAUGGGGCGCCGUAGAAGUGAGGCACAGACAAAAAACAAAAAAACAAUUCCACACGACUUCUUCAUAGCAGUGAAUCGGUACAUUAACUCAUUACGUUUCACUUUAAGCCACUGCACAUGCACACUAUAUGAUAAUGAUGUACUGUACUACAGAUAGUUGUUUACACUAGUAUUGAAUACUACUUGAAUGAAUGCGUUUCGAUCCUGAAGCACUCCUUUUAAACACAACCUGGACCACCAUGCAAGAUGGCUCCUUUCGCUAAAUAUUUGUUUUUAUCAAAUCGUGGAGAUGUAGCUUAAUGGUAUUUAACAUGGAGGAUAAACUUUUUUUUUUCACCCUCUAUUCAUCAUUUCAGGCCUCACAUUAUGAUGUCAUCGUGCCAAGCUUUUCUAAUAUUUAUUAUGACUGCAUGUGUGUGAUGCAAAGAGCUAAACAGCAGCUUUUUACUGUGUGCGUGCGUGUGUGUGUGCGCGCGCGUUCUACUUGAGUUGUCAAUUGCGUUUCGCGUUCUUCCUUCAGUUUGAUGAUUUUAAAGGGAUGUUUUUGCCUCUUGGUUGUCCUGAUUAGCGACGCUUGUCUUCCAACAUCUCAAAUGUUGGAAUGAAAAAUCAUAAGUUUUUUUGUUUUUACCGUGAUUAAAAAGGGUACUAAGGAUGAA